AUGCGGACGAUCACGGCGCUGCUGGAACCGAAGAGACCAGAAAGAGCCGAUCUAGAAGCCUUUCUCGACCGGCAAACGGCGCUCCUCCAGCUUGAGCGCGAGGAGGAGGAGGAGCAGACUCGUCUGCUGAACAGCAACUGCACUGACAUCAGCAUCAUUGAGCUUCAUCGACCUCUAGCGUACCACACUACCCAAGCUUUGCCUCCGCACACGUUCCGACCUGGAGAUCCCGUGCGAGUCGAGGAGUACGUCUCAGCGCCGAAGAAGGGUAAGGCGGGAAAGGAGGAGCUGCCUGGCGUUGAGGGUGUCGUGUAUAAGGUUGGACCAGUGAAGAUCAGCGUCGCUGUCAGCGAAGGCGAUGUCGACUUGCCCGAGAGACUUCGCAUUGUAAAGCUGGCCAACAGCGUUGUAUUCGACCGCAUGCGCAAAACGCUGGAACAUCUCCGUCGCCUCGUUGUGCCGGAAGCCGGCGCCUCAACGCCAUCAGCUGACAAUAUGAUGCUGGUCAAUGCCCUACUCGGUAUGCAGAAGCCGACUUGGUCGAAGACGGUUUCCGCACCAACAUUGCAGAAUGCGGAGGCUGAGGACGGCACCAUUGAGUGGAUUGGAGAGCGUCUUAACGACAGCCAGAAAGAGGCUAUCGACUUCUGCCUGCGAGCCGACAGCGUUGCGUGCAUUCACGGCCCGCCAGGAACUGGAAAGACGCACACGCUUGUCGAGCUCAUCUUGCAGUUUCUCGCUCGCCCCGUGCAGCCCGGUGGCGCUGUCCCACCGCGCAUUCUUGUGACAACGCCGAGCAACCUGGCGCUCGACAAUCUGCUUGCGCGUCUAUCGCACGUAGCGCGCACCGAUCCGAAGGCGGGUGCGCUGCUUCCACCGGGGUCGAUCUUGCGACUUGGUCACCCGUCUCGUGUCAGCAAGGACCUGCUACCUGCGACGCUGGACUACAAGGCCGUUCACGGAGACGCGGGUGCACUCGUCGCCGACAUCGGUAACGAGAUCAAGGGCCACCUCAGCGAUCUGGGCAAAAAGCGAGGCGAGCGCGGAGCCGUGAAGGGAAAAGCGCGCGGUGAGAAGUGGGGAGAGGUCCGGGAGCUGCGACGCGAAUACCGCGCUCGUGAAGCCAAGGUUGUCAAAACUGUGGUUGGCGAGGCGCGCGUUGUGCUCGCAACGUGUCACAGUGCCGGCUCCAGGCAGAUCAACAAUGUCAACUUUGACGUUGCGGUUAUCGACGAGGCGACGCAGGCUCUCGAGCCUGUGGCAUGGGUUCCGAUCUUGAAGGCGAAGAAGCUCGUGCUCGCUGGUGACCCGCAGCAGCUCCCGCCCACAAUCACGAGCAAGCCGGACAAGCUUCCGAAGCUGAAGGAUGACGCCAAGGUAGAGGACAAGGCCAAGGACCUCAGCCUUCAGCCCAAACUUCGACCGCCAAGGACGUUGGAGACGACACUUUUCGACAGGCUUGAGGACCUGUACGGCGCCGGCAUUAAGCGCAUACUGAAGGUUCAGUACCGAAUGAAUGAGAAGAUCGCCGAGUUCCCGAGCAAGACGUUGUAUGGCGGGGAGCUGGUCUCAGACCCCUCCGUUGCGACGCAUACCCUCAUGGACCUGCCAUCGGUCGAGACCGACGGCGAGGAUGCAGAGGAGGCGCUCUCACCUCCCGUCAUCUUCUAUGACACGGCCGGCUGCGACUUCCGGGAAAGGGACGAGGAGGACGAGCUAGCCCUUGCCAAGCGGAAAGAGGGAGAGGGCGGCUCGAAGAGCAACGAGAACGAGGCGGAUAUCGUCGCGCGCGUCGUUCGGCGCCUCGUCUCGCUCGGCGUGCCCGAGGAGGAGGUCGGUGUCGUCGUGCCGUACCAGGCUCAGGUCGCCGUGCUCGCAAAAAUGCUCCGAGAGGAGUUCCCGAACAUGACGAUUGGCACCGUGGACGGUCUCCAGGGCCAGGAGCGUGAUGCUGUCGUGCUCUCACUUGUCAGGAGCAACGAGAAGGGAGAUGUCGGAUUCCUCGGACAGUACAAGCGACUCAAUGUCGCCAUGACACGCCCGAGACGACAGCUCGUCGUUGUCGGCGACAGCGAGACGGUCGCGAAGGGAAGCGCGUACCUGAAGAGCUGGAUCAAGUGGCUGGAAGACAACGCCGAUGUCCGAUACGCCGGGGACGAGGUGUAG